GUCCCCACGCAAAUAUUUGUAACCUAUAAAUACAGAAGUUGCCUUCUCCUCCGUCCAAAGCAACGAUCUCCCUAUUGACAAAGAACAAGAUCGAUCAAGCAAAGCUCCUUUCAAUUACAGCCAACAUUUCUCUGUAAGAUCGGAGUCAAGCUCAAGCUCAAGCUCUCUUCUUUUCUCAAGGAGAUAGAAACGUGACCAGCACCCAUAGAAACCUUUUCAAGUUUGCUGCCAUAAAACUUUCUAUGGAAAGGUCAAGUGGAAUGCAAAACAAUGGUGGUUGUUUUUCCAGAGGAUGUGGGUGGAUCAAGUCCUUGCCUGAGAGAUCAAAGGCUAAGAUAGUUGAAUGUGCAAGGAAAAUAAAGAAAUUAGGACAAGAUGAUCCAAGAAGAGUUAAUCAUGCAGUAAAAGUAGGACUAGCGAUCACAUUGGUAUCGUUGUUCUACUACUCUGAACCUCUGUACGAUGGCUUUGGUGACUCUGCAAUGUGGGCAGUUUUGACUGUUGUGGUGGUCUUCGAAUUCUCUGUUGGAGCAACACUUGGUAGAGGUCUCAACAGAGGUUUGGAAACAUUUCUAGCAGGAACUCUUGGGUUUGGUGCACAUCACUUGGCCAUUCUAUCUGGAGAGAAAGGUGAGCCCAUACUUCUUGGGCUCUUUGUCUUUCUACUGGCUACAACGGUGACAUUUGUUCGAUUCUUUCCAAGAAUGAAGGCAAGAUAUGAUUAUGGGCUUCUCAUAUUUAUCUUGACAUUCUGUUUGAUAUCGGUUUCGGGUUACCGAGAUGAUGAAGUGCUAGACAUGGCCCAUAAGAGAGUCUCAACCAUUCUAAUUGGUGGCCUUACUGCUGUGUUUGUGUGCAUUUGCAUUUGCCCAGUAUGGGCUGGUGACGAUCUUCACAAUCUUGCUGCUACCAACAUUGAAAAGCUUGGGAUUUUCUUGGAACAUUUCGGGGUUGAAUUCUUUCGUCAACCAGGAGAGGGAGAAUCAAUUCACAAGGCAUCUUUGCAAGGCUACAAGAGUGUCCUAAACUCAAAAAACAUGGAAGAAUCACUGGUUAAUUUUGCAAGAUGGGAACCUGGUCAUGGCCAGUUCAAGUUUCGUCAUCCUUGGAAACACUACCUCAAGUUUGGAAGCCUAACUAGGCAAUGUGCCUACAGAGUCGAAGCUCUUAAUGGCUACCUCAAUUCUGACAUUAAGACACCACCAGAAAUCCAAGGCAUGAUUCAGGAUUCAUGCACAAAAAUGAGCUCAGAAUUAGGAAAAGCAUUGAAGGAAUUAGCAUUGGCUAUCAAAAGCAUGACCCCACCAUCCUCUGCCAGUUCCCACCUUGUAAAAUCAAAAUUUUUUGCCAAGAACCUGAAGUUCUUGCUCUCUUCAGACCUGUGUAGAGGCAUUAACCUCUUAGAAGUUGUACCAGCCGUUACUGUCACUUCUCUACUAUUUGAGGUGAUCUCUUACGCAGAGAAAAUUGCUGAGGCAAUUCAUGAAUUAGCCUCCCUUGCACAGUAUGAAAACGUAGAACAAGAGAAACCAAAAUUACCAGAGCAGGGAGAAAUGCAUCAGGGUGCUAACAUGGAUGUACAUCAUCAUGUUGUUACAAUUGACCAGCCACCUCCAGUUAAGCCACAGAAUGGGAGUUUGUCAUCAUCGACAACUAGUUGAAAUUUGAUAAAGAUGUAAACAUUUUACUCAUUUAACAUAUGUAAAAUACAGCAUGCGAUGAUGUUUAAAAAUCUAAUAUGCCUUGAAAUAAGGUU